CGGCCGCAUGGCGCUGUGCCCCGCGCCCGAGGCCCGCGUGCGCCUCGUGUUCUUCGGGGCGGCGGGCGUGGGCAAGACGGCGCUGAUCCGCCGCUUCCUGCAGGACUCAUUCGAGGCGCGGCACCGGCGCACGGUGGAGGAGCUGCACCUGCUGGAGCUGGAGCUGGAGCUGGGGGCGGGCUCCGGGCUGCGCCUCCGCCUGGAGAUCCUGGACACCAGCGGCAGCUACAGCUUCCCGGCCAUGCGGCGCCUCUGCAUCGGCCGCGCCGACGCCUUCGCCCUGGUCUACUCGCUGCAGGAGCCCGACUCCUUCGCCGAGGUGCAGCGGCUGCGGGACGAGAUCCUGGAGGCCAAGCAGGGCGCGGUGCCCGUCGUGGUGGUGGGGAACAAGAGCGACCUGGCGCCGGGCGAGCCCGACCCGCGCAUCGCCGCCGCGCAGCGGGACUGGGGCUGCACCUGCCUGGAGGCGUCGGCCAAGCAGGGACGCAACGUGGUCGGCCUCUUCCAGGAGCUGCUGAGCCAGGUCCACCUGCCCGGGCGGCUCAGCCCGGCCCUGCAGCGCCGCCGGCCCCAGACCUGCUCCAAGGAGCCGCCCCGCCGGAGCGCCAAGAGCCACGGCUGCGCGGUCUGCUAGAGCCCGGCGGGGCUGAGCGCGGACCCGGGGUGCCGCGGCCAGCGGGCCCCGUGCCGGCCGGGAGAGGGGUCCCCCGGCAGCUGGAGAGGGCCGGGCCGGGGCGCCUGCAGGGCGCGCCUGGUCCGAUUGUUCCCCUGGGUCAGGGGCUCUCAGACAGAGGGGGGUCGGGACCCCUCAGGGGGUCCUGAGGUUAUGCGGGGGGUCACGAGCUGUCAGCCUCCACCCCAAACCCCGCUUUGCCCCCAGCAUGUGUAAUGGUGUUAAAUAGAUACACGAGUGCUUGUAAUUCCUAAGGGGGGCGGGGGCACUCAGGCUUGCUGGGUGAAAGGGGCCAUCAGUAGAAAAGGGUGAGAAUCACUGGCCUAGUGCCAGCAGGGGGGGAGCGGACUCUGCCCCCCCCCAUGUACCCCUGCUUGCCUCUCCCUGCCUGCGCCCAGCGGCUGGGUGCUCUGGCCAUGGAGACACUCAGCCUGCCUGAGCCAAAGAGCUUUGGGAGCAAGGUGGCAGAGCCCAGCAACCAGCCUGGGGAGAGGGCGGGAGCUGUGGCUUCCUCUCCCCUUUGCUGGGUUCUGGGGGCAGGGGAAGCCUCCAAGGCAGCUCCCUGCCUCCCCUGAGCUUGUACCUGACCUGGGGAUGCUGCUGGGGGUCUCCCAGCCCCUGCAUCAGUGGAUGAGCGCUCACCCCCCACUGCAGGCCAGGUCUCAUCUCUGCCAAAGCCUGACCACCUCCAACAACCUUCUCAGUCACUGAGGUUACAAGGCCCCUUAAACCAGAGCUGGGUCAAAAUCCCUUCCCUGCACAGGCUGCAGCUGCCAGGAUUCCCCUGGGUCACCUCUUACGUCAGCUGAGGGCAGCUGAAUUUCUAAUAUCAAAAUAGAGCAGCCCAGCUGCUCCCUGUUGUCCUGCAUCAGUCCCACCUCCUCGCAUAAGGACAAAGGCACAGCAGCCCCCCCCCCUUUCCUUGGAGGGGCCUGGGCAGCAGCAGCUCUGAAGCUGGCUUGAGCUACCAGCUAGGGAGGGGCAGUGCUUAAUGUGUCAUGAAGGAGCUGCUGGGGCUCACGCGAUUUGUUUACAUGCAUAACUAAUGCAGCAAGCCCAGAGGGGCCGGCCGGGGGCUCUGCACUGCCUGGCCCAGAGGGGCUGGCUGGGGCUCAGCCCUGACACAAACUAGGCACUGCAGAGGGGGCAGCUCUGGUUGAGAAGCUCCUCUGCCUGAGAGGCCAACGGUGUUUUCCAGCUGCUGCUCCCAGAGCGCUGCGUCUCCUGAGUCAGACGGAAGGAGAUGCAAGGAUGGAAUGAAGGCGCCUUGGCCUCUAGCGCCUCUUACUCCAGGGGAGCAGCCCUGAGCAGGGUUCGGGCAGGGGAAGUGCUACAAUCGGGGGCUGGGUUGCUCUACCCCUUGCUACCUGCCAUGGCUCAUGGGAGAUGGCAGCCUUGGUUGGCACCGCUCCCUAGGGCACCCUCUUGCUGGACUAGCAGCUGCCUAGAAAUCUAGCCAGCUGUGGUGGGAGUGUGUGGAAAGGUGAGGAAAUGAAGGGGGGACAGGGG